GCAAGCAUUUUGGCACAAACAAUUCAGAAUGUACUCAAAUAUAAACGCCUUUAUUGUUGUAAGUGAUGAUUCGUUCGAUAUCAGGAAAUGUAAAAAAUAAUACUUCUACUGGUUCCAGAUAUACCAACUACGAAAAGUUAAGGCACAACAGCAUGGCAUCACCUUGUCAAAACAAUGGAGAGCCAAACAUUAUCACUGAUGACCAACUAAUUUAUACUAAUCUAGGCAGGAAUCACCAAGCUUUUACUGAUGAUGAAGAUAACGAAAAACAAAUCGUCCUAUGUCCAACUUGCAGAGGAACUGGUACUAUAGCUGCUGAUGACAGUUCACUGCUUGCUCUAAUUCCAGUUAAGGAUAAGCGUUUGAAACCAAAACGAACGAAGUUGAAGGUGGCCAUUGCAAUAAUUUUGACGCUGCUGAUAUGUGGAGUUGUGCUUUUUUUCCUCUUUCCAAGAACUCCUUCGCUGAAGCUUUUAUAUGUCCAUGAUUACAAUGCUUCCUUUUCAAAUUAUAGUGGUUAUAUAUUCAUUAAGAAUCGUUAUGUUGUGAAAAACUCAAACUUCGUGUCCGUUCGUUUAACAUCAUUAUCCAUCACUGUAACUUUCCUUAAAGUGGAAGUGUCUGAUUCUCAACUUCCAUAUAAGUUUGAAAAAAAGAGUGUUGAUUUACGCUCUGAAACACAUUUUGAUGUUAUUGUAAAGACAUCGUACAAUAAAAAAUCUGGUGGAAAAUUUUUACAGGAAUAUUGCAAGUUUUACCCAUCCUAUCUUAUGAUACCACUUCGUGUAAGUACUCAACUUCUGGCGUCUUUCCUUUUCCAUUCUGUAACACUGUCUGUUAUCCAAGAAAAAUAUACGUCAUGUUACUAUAAUUCUACGUCAUCCUCCAGAUGAUGCGAUUAAUGUUGCUUCUAAACAUCAAGUCACUGUGGCUAAUUGGUUAUUAGGUUGUGAUUUUGUAAUGGGUUGUAAAUAACCAUGGAAACGAAUCGUUUUGCACCAUUUUAAAAUAUUGCAAGUAAUUGGGGAUAGCACAUUGAGAGUAAAUUUUGCAGUCUUAUGACGAGUAACGUAAACACUUAACUGUCAAAGUCAGAUUUCAUAGAAUUAUGUGUAUUAAAUUAUCGAGCAAACUUUUGUUGUCAUAAUGGGGAAUGUGCGUCUCAAAGAAGACUUGUCCAUGCUAAAGAAAAGCAAAAUAUUAAAGUUCUUUCAAAGCUUGCAACUUUCCUGUUGUAAGUGUGUCCUGUCAAA